AUGCACCAUGUACGUCUCCGCAUGCGAAGCUGUGAGGCACUUCUCACCGAUCCCUCGAUACCAGACCAAGCUAUAAGCCUCCCGCUUCUCAAGUCCUUCAUCUACACCUGUACCCGACCUCCCGGCAUGCCCUUGCCUACAUGCCGCUGUCCAGACCUACGUCCCAUAACGCACGACCACCACGACCUCCUCUGGACCACCGUCACCCGUAAUCUGCAAAGACUCGUCGCAACCCCCAACGCCGCCCCCACCAACGCGCAAAUUUACUCCUUCACAACAACUGAUAGAAACGACAACGAUCUUUCUCUCUGGCAAGCGCACAUCACGGCCGACAUGCGUGAACAAACUAGUCUCGCCCUCCCCCACCGCGCCGUCUGGAUGGAAGCCCUGACACGCGGCUCGUGUGUGCUGCGGCUCCCCAACGCAGAAAUCAUGAGCGUGCCGGCGGAUAUCGAGGCCAUUGCUGAAGGCCAGCUGUGGCGCGAAGUGCGCGGGGGUGUGAGACUGCCGGCGGCGGUGUUGACGGAUGCACACGCGGGGAGGGCGAGUUUUACAGUUGGAUGUGAGGAAAACCCGCUGGCGUAUCUGAAGACUAGUGUGCAGUGGAGAGAAGAGAAUCAGUGGAAGAAGUUGAGGACGUGGGCCAAUGAAGAGAGAAUGGAGGUUAGGCUGGUGGGUGCGGAAGUUAGGAAGGGGAAGGACGAGUAUCUCUCGUUGGAGAUUGUGAGGGAGAUCACGCCAGAUGGGUGGAGGAGGGUAGGCAUGAACGAUGUGUUGGAGGAGAUUGGAACUUGA